CGGAAGUCGAUGAAGGAGUUCUGAUGGGUUUUGUCUUCAAUGUUGACAUUCGGUGAUUAUCUGGACUGGUGAAUUUUGGAAAGAAGCUCAGUUAAAGAUCGGGUGAAUUUUCAACGCAUUCAUCAUGAACCUGGAACGCGUUCCCAAUGAGGAGAAACUAAACCUCUGCAGGAAAUAUUAUUUGGGUGGAUUUGCAUUUCUUCCAUUUUUGUGGCUGGUUAAUGUUGUGUGGUUUUUCAGAGAAGCCUUUGUAAAGCCACCAUAUACAGAACAGCAGCACAUUAAAACAUAUGUGAAACGAUCUGCCUUGGGGCUGUUACUAUGGGUUGCUGCGCUCACAACAUGGAUAACCAUAUUCCAGCACUUCAGAGCUCAGUGGGGAGAAGUGGCAGAUUAUCUCUCCUUCACUAUUCCCCUGGGCAUUCCUUGAAGUGAAAACAAAACAAAGAUUGUGCAAAAUUGCUUUCUACCUUCACUUUGCUUUUUGGUUUAUUUGCAAUUCCAGCUGGACACUAAGUGGAGUUAUGUCAAAUUGAAUUUGUGAUCAAAACUCCUGUAACACACCGGAGCUGUCCAUUUGAAUUUAAAUCUUUCUAAAUGAAACUGUUCUGGGAAGAUGUUAUAUUGUAAGUGUCAGAUUUUUAAUAUUGCCUAAAUACAAAUUUUUCAGAUGUAAAGAAUGGAAUUGCUGUUUUAAGCUUAUACCGUUUAAGCAAAAACACUGGAUAAAGUUUUUAGUUUGAAUUAAUGUUUCAUAUCUUUCUAAAAUUUCAUGAAAACAUUCACAAGAAUAAAUGUGACUGUGUUCUAGCUACCUGUAUAUUUUCAACCUGUUUAUCAUGGGAGAGUCAUUGUAUACAGCAGACCAUUGAUUUUGUUCUGAUAAAGUUCAAGGUUC